GGAGGGCUGGCGGCUGUAAGAGGGCCGCGUGCUGCAGAACCGAGAACGCCAGUCUGGGCGGGGUCGCUGACCCCUUGAGGCGCCUCCCUGAGGACGAGGGGAGGGACAUCUCUCCCCUUCGUCCACGCACAUUUUUCUGAGUGCGGACUGUGACAGCUUGCAUCGAACGUACCCAAUUGCAACGCUGCAGGCGGGCUUCAGAGUGAGCCCGCGGCUGUUCGGGGAGAGGGGCCGCCCUGGACCGCCCCAGGGUUGGACAGGGAGGAGAUACGUGGAGCAGGACUCACGGGUCUACCGAGUGGAGGAUCCCUGCGCCUGGCUGCCCCUCCGCUGUGCAGUGCUGUGCGCUGCUUCCCACUUUCUCUCUCCCCCUCCCCCCUACUGCUCUGUGUGCCCUCGGGGGUGUACAGUGAGACAGGUGUGAGGUCACAGGACAACUUUAUGGAAUGAUUGCUCUCCUUCCUUGGUUUGCGGACUGACCUCAGUUUGUCUGGCUUGUGUUGCAAGGGUUCUUACCAGCUGAGCUGUAUCACAGAGCCUAGUACAGUUUAUUUUUCUUUUCCAUAUAUAUACAUAUAUAUGUAUACACACACACACAUAUCCCCUCCCUCCACAGUCUGGGGAUUGAAUGCAGGAGCUUUUGCAUUGUGCAUGGCAUGCUGGGUAAGUGCUCUAUUGCUCCUUAGGCCCAUGUGCAGCCUUAUCCUACCUUGAUGCUAAUUGCUUUGAAGUUAGUUUGAACUGUGAACGGUGAAUCUCUGCUUUGCUCUUUCCCAGGGCUAUUCCUGUAUUCUAAGCUCCUUGCAAAUCCAUGAAUUUCCGAAGCAGUUUUCAAAUCUGAUAAGGUUGACCCACUGGGGUUCCUUAGGUGUUUAAGGACUGUUGCCAUCUUAUCUUACUGCUAAGCUCAUGACCUUGAAUAAGAGAACAGUUUUCCCUUUACUUAAACUUAGGUUCCAGCAUGUUGGCGCUUGCCUUUCAUUCCAGCAUUCUGGAGAUAGAAGCAGGCGGACCUCUGAGCUCUAGGUCAGCCAUGUGUACAUAGUGAGUUCUAGGCAAUUCAGGACUACACCACAAGUGAGGACCUGUGUCAGAAGAAACAAAACAAAACAAAACACUUAGAUUCUUCAUCCAGCAGAAUCCCUCAGUGGGUUGGGGGCUCUUGCUGCCAAGUCUUAAGACCUGGAGUUAAUCUCUGGAAGGCACAUAGUAGGAGAGAAUCGAAAGUCACAAGUAUUUCUUUGACCUCUUGUUCCUUCACCUCCACGCAUGCACUAUGGCAAAUGCAUGCCUACACAUGCACACAUAGAGAAAUGUUUUAAAAAAAUCAGAUUUUUUAACAAGCUUUAUAGUUUUCAAACUACAGCUUUUAUAUUAACUGUUGAAUUUAGAUUUGUGUGUUUAUUUUUUGAGUGAUAAAUAGAUGUGUUUUUCCAAUAGAUGUGUAUUUUCCAAAUACACUUUCAGGUAUUUUAUCAUGUGUGUUUAGAAGUGUGAUUGAGUUUUGUAUAUUUUGUUCCUUGACAUGGGUGUGCACAUCCUCAUCUUGAUUGCCCCAUGUUAGGCGUAGUGCUAAUAUAAUCCUCUAGGGCCUGUUUUGAUGUGAUGAAUUUUCAACUCCUUUAAGCAAAAUCACCAUUUCAAAAUGUUUUGAAGUCCAGGAUACAUCAUUUUGCCAUAGGAGUGAUGUUAAGAACCAUUCCCUCAGGUAAGGUGCACACCUUUAAUCCUGGCACUCAGAAGGCAGAGGCAGGCUGAUCUCUGAGUUCGAGGCAGCCUGGUCUACAGAGCAAGUUCCAGGACAGCCAGGACUAUACAGAAAAACCCUGUCUUAAAAUACCAAAAGAAAUGUAGAAGAAACAAAGAACAAACCAUUCCCGUUGUGGAAAUCAAAGAAAAUUUUUUUGUCUAUUUGUUUUAUUUUCAAGGUGCAAGCUGAACUUGAACUAGAGAUCUCCCUCAGUCAUCUGAUUUCUGGAGUUGGGGUGUUCUACCACAUCUGGCAUAAACAGAGACUUAGAAUUCUAAUUCUGGGAAAGAGUACCAUGUUUGAAUAAACUUGUUUGUUUGGUACAGAGUCUUUCAUUAUGUAGCACUGGCUGGCCUGGAAUUCACCAUGUAGACCAGGCCGGCCUCAAAUUCACAGAGAUCUGCCUGCUUCUGCCUCAGGUAUGCACCACCAAGCCCAGCCUAGACACCAUUCAUUCAUAAAUUUUUCUUCUUGUUAUGCUUAUUACCUAAGUGGGUGAUUUUUGUUGAUGUUCUCAGUGUGAGAAGUCAUUUGCUUGACUUUUUAUUUUUACUGUUUCUAUUUCUAUACCAAUAGUUUUUUCAUCUCCAUAUAUUAUGCACACAUAAAUAUUCAUGUUUGCCUAUUGUUCCUUUGUAAAGCAUGUGUUCAUUUUAUUAUUUGUUUAUGUGUGUGUAUGUCUGUGUCUGUGUAUGUGCUCAGAGAGGUGUCAUGUGUAUGUGUAUGUUUUGUGUGUGUGCUCAAAGAGGCCAGAGAGGUGUCAGCUUCCUGAAAGUGGAGCUCCAGGCAGUUGUGAGCUGCCUGAUGUGGGUGCUGGAAAUUGAACUCAGGUCCUUUGCAAGAACAAUGUGAGCCAUUUCUCUAGCCCUCACGUAAGUUCUGUUAUGUUGCAUAUAUUCUGGAUUUCUCUGUCAGUCUGAUUUGCAGGUUUCAAUUUCCAGUUUUAAUGUUUGAAAUUAUCAUUUCCUUAUGGCUUUUCUUUUCACCUUAAAAUAUAUCUCAUUGUGUAAAUUUACAUUUUUCUUAUGAAGGGACAACACUCAAAAAAUAAACCUGGAAGGUUCAGGAAUCUCCUAAAACAAAACUCACAGUACUUAAUGUACACAUCCACAGUAACAUAAACACUAACAUAUGCUAAAGAGCAUGACUAGCUCAAAAUCUCCCUGUUACAGGAAACCCACCACAGUUUUAGGGAGUCCUUAUCCAUGCUGAGGUAAGCUUUCACUCACUCCUGUGAGUAACUACAAUAAACUCAUUGCUAUACCAAACUUGGGUAGUUUCAUGUCAUUAUUUCCCAAUUUGGGGUAAGAAGACAUUUGUUAACAUAUCAUGAAAUGUCACAUGAGGUAUGAGGAUCAAAUAUAUACCAGUUGCAUGUACUUCCCACAUAGAAGUCAGAGGGAAUGGAGAGUGCCAGGCCCUCCGUGGGCCUUCAUGGUGCGGACUGUCAGUUGAAAAGGCAUGUAUAGACAUAACAGAGCUCCUGUUCAUCUGAAGGUUGCUUGUGUCAACAUUCUAAGCUGCAGCAGUAGUGGACUUCCAUCAUGGAGGUAAAUCCCACUUUCACUUUGUAGCCACUGAAGUUUUGUCUGGAUAGUCAGGCUAGAGGUGACUUGGAGAUGAGUGUCACCGAGACACUGGCUAUGGGUUGAUCAUGUGGAGAAAUCUGGAAAAAUGAAGGCCUGACUAGCCAUGAUUAAUCUUAAAUCAGAAGUGCACACCUGUGUAGUUCAUGGCAUUGUGUUGAAAUGUAAAUUUAUGAGUGUAAUAUGACUGUGCCAUAAGAUAGACAUAAAACAUGUAUGCUGAGUGAUUUAUUUAUCAUUUGUAUUCAUGCAUUCUCUACCAAGAUGUUAAGUUCACUUACACCAUCAAAUUUUAACAUUCAGGUUGGAGAAAUGGCUGAGAAGUUAAGAGAACUGAAUGUUCUUGCAGAGGAUCUGCUGUGUUUAGUGCCUAGCAUCCACAGGGUGCCUCAAAACUCUCCAUAACUCCAGUUCCAGAGGAUCUAAUGCCUCUACCAACCUCUAUGGACCUCUGAACACACACAGUGUACAUACGUACAUACAAUCAGGCAUAUCCACAUAUGCAUAAGUAAAGCGAUAUAUUUUUUAACUUAAACAUUGCUACCAGGACAAGCAGGCGCUUGCAUGCUAGUGUUAACACUGUUCCAGACAUCAAGUGGGAAGACUCUGAGACAGGAAGUAGUAAUGCACCUUAGAAAGAGGAUCAGGACAGAGCAGCAGCACAUCCUGUGCCCUGGGCCCAGCAAUGAGAGGAGUGCUGCUACAGGGCUGCUUCCUUCCACAUCCCUCAGUGCUAGUGUUACAACUUCCGUGUCAUGGAAGAGAUGUGUGGAUCCCAGAGUUGAGUGACGCUAUUGUCAAUCAAGUAUGUGCAAUGUUUAGGCCUCAGUGAGCUUUGAGGAUGUGGCUGUGCACUUCACCCAGGAAGAGUGGGCUUUGCUGGAUCCUUCCCAGAAGAGUCUGUACAGAGAUGUGAUGCAGGAGACCUGCAGGAACCUGGCUGCGAUAGAAGUUACUUGUUACAGACCUGUGAGAAUGAAGGUGGUAAUCAAGAUAGAGAAAACUUGACUUGGAAACCAAAUCUCAGUAUGAGCAUGAAAAGUUCCACUGGACUAACAUCAUGUGAUCACACUGUAUGGGGAAAGAUUUCCUGGUAUCUCUCAUCCUCUUGUAGGCAUGACAUAUCUCACUAUCAGUAUAACCCACAUGAACAUGAGGAAUAUAUGAACAAGCAGUGUAACCCUGAUUCUCUGAUAAGCUUCCAGAGGUACAUGAGAACUCAUGUUGUGAAUGGGCCAUGUGAAUGUGAGGUAUGUUUAAAAUAUUUUAGUUUUCCAAAAACACUGGAAAUGCAUCAGGAAACUAAUAGUGGAAAAAAUCCGUAUCAAUACAAGGAAUGUGGAAAGACCUCUGUUAAUAUUAGUUCACUAUGCACACAUGGAGGAACUCAUGCUGAAGGAAAAUGUUAUGAAUGUAAUCAGUGUGGUAAAGCUUUGAGUUCUUACAGUUCACUUAGAAGGCAUGAGAGAAUUCAUACUGAGAAAAAACCCUAUAAAUGCAAACAAUGUGGGAAAGCCUUUAGAUACCACAGUUACCUUCACUUACAUGAAAGAAUUCAUACUGGUGAAAAACCAUAUGAAUGUAAACAAUGUGGGAAAGCAUUUAUAUUUCCUGGUGCCUUGCAGGUACAUGAAAAAAUUCAUACUGGAGAAAAACGUCAUGAAUGUAAACAAUGUGGUAAAGCCUUUAGACGUCAUAGUGAUCUUCAAGUACAUGAAAAAAUUCAUACUGGAGAAAAACCCUAUGUAUGCAAACAAUGUGGUAGAGCUUUUAGACUUAACAGUCAUCGGCAGAGACAUGAACAAACUCAUACUGAAGACAGACCCUUUAUAUGCAAACAGUGUGGCCGAUCUUUUGAAUGUUACAGUAAUCUUGAGUUACAUGAAAAAAUUCAUACUGGAGACAGACCCUUUGUAUGUACAGAAUGUGGCAAAGCUUUUGGAUGUUACAGUAAUCUACAAUUACAUGAAAAAAUUCAUACUGGAGACAGACCCUUUGUAUGUAAAGAAUGUGGUAAAGCCUUUAUAUGUCAUGGUCAUCUUCAGAGGCAUGAAACAACCCAUACUGGAGAAAAACCCUAUGGUUGUAAACAGUGUGGUAAAGCCUUCAGUCGGAACAGUCAUCUCCAAAGACAUGAAAGAACUCACAAGCAAAUGUCUACAUGCCCCAGAAAAUAAUGAUUCCGCCAAAGUCCAGCUAGGCAAACCAAUGGUUGUGUUAGGAUUACGUCUAGGAACAUGGACAACUAUGGACAGCUGCAUUUUCAAAAUGCUAUCCCGUCCUGAGUGAUGACUCACAGGAGCUACCAUUCUGGAGAUCUCUGCAAAGCUUGGCAGGCAGCUCAACUGACCAGAAAGUCUCUUCUCUCAGCAGCUGUUUACUGCUUUUGUAACCAAGGAGAAAGCCUUGUAAAUCUUUUAAGGCUUAGUUUUCUGCAGUUUGUUAGUUGUUUACUUACCAAGUCGCCAGCCUCCUACUUUUUCUUUUUCUUUUGUUUUUUGUUUUUUGAGACAGGGUUUCUUUGUGUAUCCCUGUCUGUCCUAGAACUUGCUCUGUAGACCAGGCUGGCCUCAAACUCACAGAGAUCCACCUGCCUCUGCCUCCUGAGUGCUGGAAUUAAAGGUGUGUGCCACCAC